AUCAUUUUUACAUUUUAAUAUUUAGUUCUAUUUUGAACAUACUAUAAGUAAAUCUGAGAAAAAUUUACUUAGACAUUAUUGGGAAAGUUAAUUUUUAUUCAAUAUUAUUUAUUAUGAAAGAACGCAUGUGAAUUUUUCAUUAAAUUAUUAUAAAAUGGUUCAAAUUAUUUUGAGGAGUUUAUCAUGAUAUAUUUGUUUCAUUCUUGGGUAGGACAUCGCAGCUGCAAUUAUUGAUAAAAUUUUGAUAUAUGAGAAUGUAAACUUACUGUAUAAUUCAGAAACUCGAAUGAUAAAAAGUGAAGUAUUAGUAAAAUUCAUCUUAUCUCACAAGAAAUUCAAUCUACCGAGUACUAAGUAAGGAUUAUAUAUUUCUGAAAUUUUUAUAAAGACAUAUUUUUGUCCAUUCUCUGUAUUAGGGGGAAACAAUGAAUUUUAUGAUAUUUUUCCUUUAUUUUAAAUACUACCGAUAUUGAAGUCUCGGUGAAUUUUUAAUCCCUUUUCAUAUUACUUAUAAGUUUAUUAAAAUUAUUGUUUUCAAACUUUCGUUUGGAAUUUUCAGAGAAAUUGGAACUUAGUGCAGAAAUAAUUUCUGUAGAUUUCAACUCCUAUAAAAAUGAAUAUUAAGACAUGACUUUUUUUAUUUGUGAUAUGAUAGAUUCACGUUUGCGUUCAGGUUUAAAUUCUCUGAAUGAUGGUUUCCUAUAAAAUAGUCGUGAAUAAUUUCAAGUAAUAAAAUACAAUGGAUGAGGCUGUAAAUACUGAAGAAAAAUGCGAUGAAAAAGAUAAUCAAUUUAGGAAUGUUAUAAGAAGCAUAGAUGUGGCAAAAUUGGUAGCAGUUCUAGGACAGACAUUAAGAAAGAAAAGAAAGUUCAAAGAACUAACUCUGUUCAACAGCAAAUAUGAGGUGAAAGGCUUCCAGUAUGUAAUUCUGAAGAAGGAACGCCCAAAAGUUGCUUUUUUAUCUGGACAAGAUCGGAAAUUAUUUUAUGAGAAGCGUGAUACAUCCAGACUAGCAUGUGACGAGCUAGAUUUCUCACAAAAAAUACAAAAAAGUACUGUUUAUCAUAAAAAAACAGAAAAUAUAUCACAUCCUUACACAAAACCCAAGAUAUUCAGCAAAAUUGGCUACGGAUCUUUGGCAAGCCGGGGUGCGCGAAUAACGCAAGAGCCUCUGUCUUGCAGCCCUGGACCACAAGCUUAUCACACUCAACCAUCCACUAAAACCAAACAACAAUGUUUGGCUCCAUUCAACAGUAAAACUCUGCGUGAAUCAAAAUUAAUCAAAAUCAACAAUAACCCCGGGGUAGGAUCUUACGACAUAACUUACAUUGAAAAGUCGCACGCGAUUAGAAUGGAGCAUUCGUUUGGUGGCAGAGUUAGACUGAAGCAAAUUGUGAAUGUUGAGUGUAGAUCAACAACGGAAAACAUUUGCAAGGGUUGCGGCUAUCAGAUUAAUGGCGAUUAUUGGCGUAAAAAUAAAGACAUGGUUUUGUGUGACUCAUGCUAUCGAGUACAUUAUUACAAGAAAAAUUACAUCAGGAGGCAGUUUGACGAGUUUCAGAAAACAAGAGAUUGCUCCUUCAUGCAUCUUCAUGACGGGACAACGGCUACAUAUCCUUUGAUGACAACAAAGGAAUUUCGGAACCAAUGUGUGAAUGAAAACUACUUUUCAACAUACACAGACACCCGAAACAUCAAAAAGGUUGAACCAGCCGCUGACAAGCGCAAGUCCAGAACGGAGUACACCAAGGCAGAUAGCAGCCGUGCCGAGCAGCUGAGUCACUCGUUGCCGUUUCUCAAACACCUGGACGACAAGCCGCUCGCCGACACCCUGAAAAAGCGGUUCCUAUCAAAGCAAGAGCUGGCUGCCUUCUACGAGCCCGUGUCACUCGUGCCUGACUCGGACCAGCUAGCACAUGAGUGGCAGUUCGAGGCCUAUCGGCCGUUUCGUGUCACCGACCAGAAUGUCGUCUCUGACGAGGACAUCCAACCCGAAACACCUCCACUGAAGUUGAAACAGCCCGACAGAACUGACAAGUCCGCAGAGCAGACUAGAGUUCCGUUUAUUGAACCCUCUAAAUUAACAGAAUCCUUGAUAGAUAUGAUCGAUGUGAUGGACAGAACUUGUCAAGAGAUUAAGUUGGAAGAUGACUCUAAAGCAGAAAAGUCAACAAUAAUAGAAUUUGAAUUGGAAGCCGAGCAAGUGGAAAAAGAAGAUACAGAAACAGAAGCAGAGAAUGAGAUGGUAGAUGUUGAGAAUGACAGCGAUGACGAUGGAGAAGACGAGUUGAUCCUAACACAGGAUCCAAAUAUUCCACCACUGGCAAAUAUUUUCCAAGUGGUGGAUAAGGUUUGUGUGAAUCCAGAAAUCGCAAGUCUCAUGGUGGAAGACCAGCCACCAUGUUCUCUUGAAUAUGAAAUUACUCCUGCCUCUAUUGUUCCAUUCCAUCAUUUGAAUUUGAACAAAAUGUCUACUCAAUCCCUAAAGGUUCUCGAUCGGUGGCCAUAAUCACUUGAUGUACAUUUUGAAACAUGCAAAAUAAGUCAUUUUUAAAGGCGAUAUUUUUGGAAACCAUAAAUGUUUAUUAUGGAAACAGAAACAAUGGAUUGUUUUUCAAUUUAAAACUGAGCUGAUAAUAAAAUUCUAUUGAAAAGUCUGAAUAUUUAUUUUGAAUUGAGAAUUUGAAAUAGUUUUGAGUCAAUUACUUCACAUUUUCAGGUAAAUAAUUUGUCAA